GGCAAAUUUUCUUCAUCUCCUGCUGUAAAUUCAGUGUUUGACUUGAAGUGUUGUCGGCAAAUUUGUGUUUUUGUCUGUUGUCUAGAAGGGCGGCAUACGUAGAGGAGGGCUUGUGUGGCUUUCAACGGACUAAGCAUUCUCAUUCAAACGCCCAACGCUAUCGGAUCACCAGUUAUUGAAAGGCUGUCGACGUAGUGUAAUCAGCCAGGCAGGCCGUAUAGACCUCAUUCUGUGACUAGAGAGCGCUGAGAACGUAUCGAAUCAACUCCGUCUUUCUAACUUACCCAAAUGAAGCUAGUUUCAAAUAUGCUAUCGUCAACUCGUACUCAAACGUAUAUGCAUACUGAGUACUUACAACCACUCGACCCUCUUCCAUCGCUUGAUGCGAAGAAAAGUCCUUUGGCUUUGCUGGCUCAAACAUGUAGCAGCAUCGGCAAACCAGAUCCACCACACAACAAUGUUGAUAACAAGCCCGUUUACGAGUCUCAAAAUGGUAAAAGUUCGCCGGAGAAGCCUACAGCUCCUAUUGAUGACAAAUGCUCAUCUUUUAAACCAUAUAAACAGUCGGAAAAACGCGAAGGAGAUGCAACUAUUAUGAAGAUUGGAUUUCCUAACAACCAAGCACGUAAAAGUGCGUCUUCGCCGCCCGUGAAUGACUCAAAACCAAUGCGAAGCAAUUCAUGCUCGCCUACACUGAAGCCAAAAGCGGUGUCGCCUAUUCCAUCAAGCCAUUCAACCCCUGAUAAAGAACAUUCAUCUCACAGCGGAUGUGAUGCCUCGCGAGAGGGUUUAUUAAAAGCUGUAACAACACCCCUACCAGCCUUGUCUACAGCUAGUCAUAUUUCUUACAAACAUGGACAUCUUUCGCCAACCGCUGCUGUUGCGCCGUGCGGUUGUCACUCGCAAAUUGUUGGACACAUUCCGUGCGACCCAUUAUCGCACAAACACCACCACGAAGGACAUAUUUCACCAACGUCACCAUACGCGGCUGCGUACGCACGUGUGAAAACGGCCGAUGGUGCCACAACUUUGAUGCCAAUCUGUAGAGAUCCUUAUUGUACAAAUUGCCAACAAACACCACAAAUAAACUCUUCAUCUUGUACCCAGUGUCGCCAUGACCCCAUUGGUGUUGGACUUAGUGGAGCUAUACCUGUAGCCUUACCGUUUGGUGGUGCUUUACCUGCCUACCCUUUACCAACAAGUAUGUCAAGUGCAGCUUCUUACCUGUACACACCCCACCCAGGACUACCACCUGCCUCAACGGGUGACCACGUUUGUAAUUGGGUGUCUGGAACAACAAGUUGUGGAAAACGAUUUGCUAGCAGCGAGGAACUUCUUCAACAUCUGCGUUCGCACACAAAUGAAACAACGCCAAGUUCACCCCUUGCUGCAUCGUUGAGUGCCCAGCUAGGAGCUUAUUAUAUGCAAUAUCAUCCAUCAGCACCAGCACUUGGACUUAAAUCUGGACAUGCAUCACCACUAAGUCCGGUCAGGUACCAUCCUUACAGGAGCUCACUCACUGCCCCCAUAAGUGCUCUCCCUAGUCUGCCGGCUGGUGCAUAUUAUUCCCCUUAUGCCCUUCAUGAUUUGAAGGCGCGGUUUGCAACGGGAAUACCUCAUUAAAAAACUUUAUAAAAAAGUAUUAUGAUUGUUUGUGACUACCAACUCAAAAAAGUCUGUAUGGAUUAGUCCAAAAUUUGUUUGUAUGUUUCAUCAAAAGAGUUAGUUGAUUUUAUUUGAAUUGUAAUUUUGUUAUUUUUAAUAUCAAAAGCUAUUUACAUGUUAACGUCCAAGUUUAAGAGUUACUCUUGAGUUCAGUUAUUGUUAAUAUUUAAAAGUUAAUUUAUUGUUGUACAUGGUGUAUUGAAAAUAUUCCUUGCGUAUAUUAUACAUGGGUAUCUUAGCUUAGGUUUUUUGCAUUAAGCUGAUCGCUGGAAAUAGUAGUGGCUAAUCCAUGUAAUAAUUUAACUUAAAUACGCCUUGUUUGAAGGGUUGUCAAUGUUACAUGUUUAAUGCGAAUGAUUGAUCAGGCCCCUUUAGAAACCAAAAAAAAUAUCCAGUUAAACCAUCACUACUACGAUGGCAGUCUAUUGAAAUCGACAAGGAAACAGCGCAUGUAGCACGCUUGAAAGACUAUCAAUUCAACAGUGAUGUAUUGCUUUAAGUUUAUCAUGUUCCGUAGUUGGUGAUAAACAUGUCGCCAUUGCGAUGAUUUAUUAGUCCGUGCCUAUUGCGGCGUUGCGGUAACAAAUUUAUGAUUCAACUAAAAUCGGUAACACUCGUUUAAUGAGUUAUGAAGCUCCGAGUCCGACGUGAUCGUUUUGUGUAAUUGUUCUGUUUUGUGAAAAAAAUUGAAACAUAUUUAUAAGAUUUAAUGAGAAGAUAAUUAUGAUCGUUAGCCAAUCUCUAUAAAUGUAUGUGGAAAAUCCCCCUUUUCCGUUUGAUUUUCCAGAUUGAUUAUUGUACAGUUGUAAAUAAUAUACAAUACUAUUUGUUAUAUUUCAGAAUAUUUUAUUAUUGUUAUUAAACGUUGAGAUCCAUCUAA